CCGUACACGAUAACUUGGGAUACCCGGUAUAAUGAAUCGACAAAAAUUCCAGGUAACUGUCCUCUUUGUGUUAUCUCUAAUACCAUGGCCAGGACCAAGUGUUUUCAAAAUAUCCUGCCCCAGAGAUAAUGCUAGGAUAGUCAGGAAGAUCAUCAAGACCAAAUGGAUCCCCAUACUGGAGAAGUUCAAAGUCGGGCUGCCUUUAGAAUGCCCGUUCCACCCUCUGAGAGACAUCUUUGGGCCACAACAAACAGCGAAAAAACAGCACAGACCCUCUCAGUGGACCUGCGGGAUAUGCGGAAAAUCAUUUUUCGAGGAGAAAUUUCUAGAUUUGCACUUUGACAAUCGACACAAAGAAUAUAUAAAUAUGGCUGAAGACGCAGUGUGCCUUGCAGACUACUGCGACAUUAUGAGAUGUGAUGUCCUGAUGACCCUAGACCUGCAAAUGAUGAAUCCUGAACACGAAAACACGGACAUAGAAAUUUGGCGAGAGGCUUCUUCAUACUCGAAAGCGUUAGUAAGCUCAGGGCCAAGAGAUGUAGCCAAAUAUACUUUCAAAGAUGGAAACUAUCCGCACCUGCAGAAGUCUCUGAAAGCAUACAAUAAAUUCAAAAAACAUUGCCAGAAGACUGAGGCACCUGAAACUGCAAGUGAUAGUGAUGACAAUGAUAAAAGUGACAAAGAAAAAAUACGAAACGCAUCAAAAAACAUUUGCCAAAACGAUUUAGUCGAUUCCGCCCUGCCAGCACCUGAUAACAGACAACAACGAAUAGCAGAACUGCAAAAACUCAAAGCCAACUGUAAACCAGAAGAACUCCAAGAAAUCAAGACCAAAUGUGAAAUUUUAGUUAGGGACUGCAUAGCAGGAUUACUAAUACAGCUUUCUCUGAAGGAUUUCAAAGAAGUUGAAGAGGAAUUGAAUAGAGCCGUCUGUUGGUAUCUCACUUGUGACAGAUACUGGGAAGACUCCCAAGCGGAUAUAAGAAGUUUUCCUUGGGGUUUGCUGUGUAUGAUAAUCAUGGUCAUGUCUUUAGGAAUAUGCUUGUGUUAUUACAUCAUUUGGGUACUUUUUGACAAAAACCUUUUCAGCACGGACGACGGCAGCGUGACCAGCGCCAGCAUAACGGACAGAUCGACACCUUCGCCGCACCACCUGAUCAAGCACGACGGCGACAGGACGUACGCGUACGGUCCCGAGGAGUACUAUCCCACCCACGACAAGGACAAUGAGUACAUCUACGUGACGUACCCGCCGGACUUGAAGAGGAGGUUGCUCGAGAGCUGCUACAAUCGAACAACCCGCUUGUGAAAAUAUAGUAAAUGUAGAAAUAGAUAGAUAGAUAGAUAGCCAGACUAUUUUUAUUAGAUCCUCCUGAUCUUUAUACACCUUCAACAAAUUUUCAUACUGAUUGUAGAAUAGACUAUUUGUUUUUAGUUACUUAAUUUUUAGUAUCUAUUACCGUUACCGGGUUAAUUAUUUGAAGUUCGAAUAAUUGACAGAAAAAUUAUUGUUAGUCUAUCAGCAGGUUAUUCAGUUUUAAUUCUCG